AAGAAGCUCCUCGAAUUCGUGUCAUUUCUCUUUGGCGGCAAUCCUACCAUCGCGAUACCAUCACCUUCGACCACGACAACGUUCUUCUGGUGAAGAGUUGGAGCGUCUGGCCUGGAUUUCGAACGGCAGUCAUCAUUUCUUCGUUCAACAGUCGAAACCGUACACCGUGUGGUCCGACAGUUCCAGAGUAACAGCGGUGAAGUGUGAACAUUGUGGCCACCUGCAGAACGCCGUUAACUGUUUUUCCCCGAUAGAAAAGACUUUCCGCGAUGCUCUUCCGUCGCAAGUGCCGCGUUUCGAGACUGACGGAAUGGUGUUCGUAUUUAUUUUUUUACGCCGCUUUUGGACUACUAUCCUCGGAUUCGGUUUUCGCGUCAGAAUGUCGUUUUCCUGGCGCGCCGGCGCACUCAUCCAUCACAUUCUCAGAUGAAAAUUUGGGUCCUGAGACAGUUGCUACGUAUGCAUGCGAAAGAGGAUUCGAGCUGCUGGGUCCUUCCAGGCGUGUGUGUCAAAAUGGCGAAUGGUUACCGGAAGGAAUUCCAUUUUGUGUUUUGAACGUUGCGGCUGGAAAAGCCCCAAUGCAGACAAGCACAGAAGGGGGAGGCAUACCGCAGAAAGCCAUCGAUGGUAGCACAAGUGGUUUCUUCAAUGCUGAAACGUGUACCUUGACGAAACCAGAAAAAACACCUUGGUGGUACGUCAAUCUUUUGGAACCCUACAUGGUGCAACUUGUUAGAUUGGAUUUCGGGAAAGAAUGUUGUGGAGGAAACAACCCCGCAACCAUCGUGAUUCGCGUUGGCAACAACCGUCCAGAUCUAGGCACCAACCCCAUAUGCAACCGUUUCACGGGCUUCCUAGAAGUGGGACAACCCCUAUUCCUGCCGUGCAACCCCCCCAUGCCGGGCGCCUUCGUCAGCGUCCACCUGGAAACGCCGACCACCAGCCAACUAUCAAUUUGCGAGGCCUUCGUCUACACCGACCAAGCCCUCCCGAUCGAAAGGUGCCCCCAGUUCAGGGACCAGCCUCCCGGUAGCACAGCCACCUACAACGGAAAAUGUUACAUCUUCUACAACCGGCAGCCACUGAAGUUCCGCGAGGCCCUGAAUUUCUGCAAGUCCCGUGGGGGCACGUUGGUGGAUGAGAGCAAUCCUGCUUUGCAGGGCUUCAUCAGCUGGGAGCUGUGGAGGAGGCACAGGAGUGACGCCAGCGGGCAGUACUGGAUGGGGGCGGUGAGGAACAAGAAAUUGGGUAGUUGGCAGUGGCUGAAAGGGGACGAUGUCACUGUGUCGUUCUGGAAUACGCCAAUAGAGAAUGGGGACUGCGCUCGGUAUGACGGUACCAAGGGGUGGCUGUGGUCAGAUACGGACUGUAACAUGCAUUUGAACUACAUCUGCCAGCACCAACCAAAAGCUUGUGGACGUCCAGAACAGCCACCAAACUCGACCAUGCUAGCUGAGAAUUUCGACGUUGGUACGACAAUCGAAUAUGAAUGUGACAAAGAGCACAUUCUCGUUGGAAGGAAAACGAGGACGUGCCUCGAUACUGGUUUCUACGACGCCUUUCCACCUACUUGUAGACAAAUUCAGUGUGGUUACCCAGCCAAUAUCGCGAACGGAGAGUAUACUUUGGUCAACGAUAGUGUGGGUUAUCUAAGCAGAGUUGUGUAUAAAUGUGAUGAGGGCUUUAGACUUGUGCAUAGAGCUGAGCUUAUCUGUGACGUAGAUGCUCGAUGGAAUGGUCCACCACCAAGAUGCGAGAUAAUCGAAUGCAACGGCUCCAUAGAAAUCGAAAAUGGCUUCUACGAGCUCGUCAACAACAAUGAAACAGUUUUUGGAACACAGGUCCGAUACUCUUGUAAACCCGGCUACAAGCUCGUUGGACCAAGACAGAUUACUUGCCUGGCUAAUGAGCAAUAUGAUGCGCUUCCACCUACUUGCCAAGAAGAUGGAACAACUCUAUUACCUACAACACCCACACGGCCUGCCACGAAAACUACCAAACCAUCGACUUCAAGAAGAAGAACACAUCCACCACGUCCGACAACCAUUCGCGCAGACAUGGAUAUCUUGAAGAUAAGCAGGACCACCAGAAGAACCACGCCUAGGACUACUUCAGCGCAAUCAACAACGUCCACCACCACCCAAUUUCCUCAAUUAGUCGUGGCUGUGCAUCCCCAAGACAACGAAAUAGCAGGAAGCUCGAACAUACAACGGGGGGAGGCUCCAAAUGUUAAUAUUCCACUCUCCGUUGACGGAGAACGAAGAGAACCACUUGGAGCCAAGCUGAAUCUUGGCGCUGUCAUUGCGUUGGGCGCAUUCGGGGCUUUCAUAUUUUUGGCAGCAAUCAUCACAACCAUCAUUAUUCUGGUGAAAAGAAACCACAGUGCCAAACAUUACAGACACCGUACCUCCCCUGACUGCAACACAGUAGCCUCUUUCGACUCCUCCAGUUCGGAAUCUAGGAACGGUUUGAACAGGUACUACCGACAAGCGUGGGAGAACUUACACGAAUCUGCCGGCAGUAAAUCGGGGCUGAACGCGGGCAGCUCUUCAACCCACUCCCCCCAAAGAAGAAAGGAGAGUAUGGACGAUCAGUUCAGGAACUCCGAGAGACAGAAGGACGGCUCUGAAUUGGCAGCGAACGAACUAUUCAACGGCAGUAAGAGUUCGGAGAAGAAGAGGCAUCAUCAUCAUCAUCACCAUCACCAAAGCGGAAAGGACCCAAGGCCACCACCUAGCAGAGACCACAGGCGCUACUGACAACCCAGUAUGGUGGUCACUGUUGAGUUCGUCCAAUGAAACUAUUUAUUUAUGCGAAUGAACGUAUUGGGGUUUAUAUGACGAUUAAUUUUCGACAAAUAUCCUGGAAGAUUAUUGAUUCCAAUAGGAGCUGUUCUUAUUCAAUCAAUAACUUCAAAGACGAAUUUUAAGGAUUCUACGUACCGAUAAGUCAUUUACAUAACCCCAGGAUGUAGGAAUCUGAUCAUUAAAAAUAUUUAUUUCAUAGCAAAAAAUUCAAAGGACCUCCAGAACUGCAAUCUAAGAUCCUUCAAAAUACGCAUUGGAAUUUCCACUCUUGAAAAUUCACCACAAAAGUUACUUGAAGUAUAACAUAUAAAAAGAAUAUUGUCAAGUUCUGUCUAAUACAAUUAUUAGGCUUAUAUGUAUAUUCAUUAUUGCGAACUAUGUAGUAUAUCUUUUUGAAUGUUUUACUCUUAUCACAAACUUUUUGACUGAUAUUGUGGUGAUAGUGUUUUCGGUGAGCUUUUCCAAUUCAUCAUCAAUAAAUACACCGUAUUUCGGAGGAUCAGAAGUUUGAUCAUAUCAUUUAUUUAUUAACAUUGAAAAGAUCAUUUUUGGUUGUCACAGAUAUUUUCGCUAAACUGCUCAUGUUAUACGUACGAUUUUUUAAUAGCUUAAGGUGAAAACUUAGGGAAGGUAACCAGGUUAUAGUGCCAUGCAAUUAGGCAUCAUGAACUGCUAUUAUUGGAGGCUAAUUGUUCAGAUGAAAUUAUGCAAUUCAGUUGUUGAUACGACCUGAAUGAAAGAGAUUCUGAAAAAAUUACGGAUAUUCUUGUGACUCAGCAACUGAAGAAACUUGGUGGAUAUUCUAGAGUAUGACUCAAUCAUUCAAGUUUCUCCUUAUUCUAUAAUGAUAUUUAUUCGGAUUUCAUCUGAUCGAUUGCUCUACAUUAUUCAAACUGAAUAAUAUAUAAACAGAAUUGUAUUAUAGUAUAUAUUAUGAAUUAUUCUUUAGUUUGUAUAAUAAAAGAAUUUGAGUAUUUGGAAAGAAAUGAUAAUUAGAUAUAUGUAAUUAAAUGAAAAUAUAUUUUUGUUGCCUAAAAA